CCAAACACGCCGGGGGUUGCUUCUUCUCUUAUCACGAUUGACCCUUUUUUCAAAUGAUCUACCUAUAUAUCGACUUGGCCGACGAAAGUACACGGGUGCUAGAAAAUGUAGGUGCCUUAUCCUAUUUCAGUCAAUAUUUUCUUUUUUAUGCUUGUGAUCGUGAGCUCCAAAUUGCACGGUAUACCUAUAGGCUAUAGAUGUAGCCUACAAAUCUGUGCGACUGUGCAAGAUAUCGCAUGCACUGCGUGAUGCAAGAGUCAAGACACAAGCACUGGAGAACAUAACCUUACACGUCAAGUUUUAUUUUGCUAAAUGUCGACUGCUACAUUAAUGAAUCUGGGGGUCUUAUUUUUAUAAGUAAAUUGUUACAAAAUUGUUGUGAAUGACACAAAAUAUUCCAAAUUGCAACGUGUUUAUGACAUGAAAAUAUAACUUUUUUCUUAACAAAUAAUGUUGUUUUAUUGAACCAAUUGACAUUUGUUAAAAUUUUAACUGACACUCUGUCACUAUAUACAGGCAAAAUAUGUCAUUUUUCAAUGUAACUUGUCGAGGCAAGCUUUUAAUUUCAAAUAAUUAUUCAGUUAAAUGGAUACAAAGAUGGGCCAGCUCAACAAAUGAGCAAAAAACAGCAGGAAUAAUAGUUAUUGGCAAUGAAAUUCUCAAAGCUCAAGUGAGAGACACUAAUUCACAUUUCAUAUGCACACACUUAUAUGGCUGUGGAGUCAAAGUUGAAAAAAUUUCAGUGAUAGGUGACAAUGUGGAUGAAAUAGCACAAGAAAUCAAACAUUUUUCUAAAAAAUACACACAUGUGAUUACAUCUGGUGGAAUUGGACCUACUCAUGAUGAUGUUACUUACGAAGGUUUAGCAAAGGCUUUCAAUGAUACACUUCAUCGACAUCCUGCAAUAGCAGAGGCUAUAAGAAAGUAUUUUCGAGUAGAAGAUCCUUCAUCUCCUGCUUAUAAACUUUCAGAAAUUCCUAAGAGGGCAGUUUUGAAAUUUGGAAUCAAUGAAGCUACCAAAUUACCUCAUAACUUUCCAUGUGUCAUAUUAGAAAAUGUUUAUGUGUUUCCUGGCUCACCUAUAUUUCUAGAAAGAGGAUUUGGGAGCUUAUGCAAGGUGCUGUUUGAUUCAAACAGUAGGUUUGCUUGUACAGAAUUACUUAUAAAUGCUUCAGAAGAAGUGUUUGCAGAUGUUUUAACUAGUCUUUCAAAAGAAUAUCCAAAUGUUAUAUUUGGUUCUUACCCUGAGGAAGCUAGCAACUAUAUAGCUAGGGUGACAAUAGAAAGUACUAAUGAAGCUGAUAUGGAAAAAGCUAAAAGAAAAUUUUGCAGUCUACUGCCACCUCAUAUUAUCAAAGAGAAGAGCUGAAAUUUAAUGAAAAUUCUAUAAAUUUAAAGAAAAAUGUAACUAAGAAUAUUUCCAAUUAUUAACCACCAAUUAGCUUGUUCACUUAUUGUAAUAUUACUUUGUUAAAGAGAGAUUUUUUUUAGAAAAUUUACAGAAAAAUUUUGAUGGUGUUGUUUACAAUUUU